CAUAAGAUUACACCACGCGAAUGUAUCAUCAAAUCAUUACAAGAAUAAGUCAUAUUAAACACCUAUAUAAUUCGCAUACAAAUUAUUGAUGUCGAACACUUAGGAAGACUCGUUUGAAAAAACGGAUCGACUUGUCAAGAUGUCUGCAGCCGAGACGAGAUUUUACUCUGAAAUUCCAGAUAAUACAAAUAAAAGUAACGCUUUUCCAACGAAUGGCAAUAUUUAUGAAACGACGCGCGUUCAACCACAAAAGCACAAAGAUACUAAAGACACAACAGUAAGAAGAGGAAUGAUUGCUCAGGCGAUAUUUUUAUCAUUGGUUGUUGGGCUUGUGAUUUUUGGUCUUGUGAUCAACACACAGCUCCAGAGUGAGAUGAGAAUUAUGAAAGAGCAAUUGGCACGUCAAGGAGACCAGUCAUUUGCUAGGUUGAAAUGGCUAGAACAAAAUGCCUCAGACGUGAUUAAUUUUAGACUCAAUGAACAUCAGAUUCGAAUAAAUCAAUCAGUUGAAGAUAUUUCAAGUUUGGAUCAUUCUCACCAACAAUUCAUGAAAUCGGUUAUACAAGAACUUAUCCUAAGAGACUGCACAACUGUAAAUCGUAAAUAUGCAAAAAUUCAGAACACCACCGGUGGAGUCUUUGAUAUUUAUCCGGACUCAAGAACCAAACCUGUCGAAGUCUACUGCGAUAUUGUAACGGAAGGAGGCGGAUGGAUUGUGUUCCAAAGAAGAAUGGAUGGAACGGAAGACUUCUACAGAGGAUGGAACGACUAUGUCAAUGGAUUCGGAGAAAAUGAUAAAGAAAUGUGGCUAGGCCUGGAAACAAUCUAUCAACUGACUAAAAAAGCAAGUUACGAACUAAGAGUUGAUUUGGAAGAUUUUAAUGGAAACACUGUUUAUGCUAAAUAUGGGACGUUCUCAAUCUCAUCUGCAACUGAUAAAUAUCGAUUGACUGUUAGGGGAUAUUCUGGAUCAGCUGGUGAUUCAUUGGCAUAUCAUAACAAUAUGCAGUUUUCUACAAAAGAUUCUGACAAUGACCGAGGGUCGUGGGGCAGUUGCGCAAUCGCUUGGAGUGGGGCUUGGUGGUACAAUAAUUGUCAUAAAUCGAAUUUGAAUGGGAUUUUUUACCAAGACGGGCGAGAUAAUACACAUUCCGUUAAUUGGUAUCACUGGAAAUUUAAUCGCCAGUCUCUGAGAUUUAGUGAGAUGAAGUUUCGAAAGAAAACAUAAUUUCCAAAUGAACUGGAAUACAAAGACUACUUACUAAGAUUUCAAUUGAAUAUGUCAUUGCAAUAUCUUCCUUACAGUCUGUUGUGUUAUCAUAGUUACGUAGAAUCGACAUCUUUUAAUUUAAGACAUGUAUUUAAUUUGAUGAUUUGUCUUACUCUUUGCUAUCGUGUUAAAAAUCGAUUAAUUGUGCAUGUUUUUCACGUAUCGUGUAAAUAAUUCUCUUUCCUGAUUGUCAAUUUGAGGCAGGA